GAAAAAUGUAGCAAUCUAGUGAAUUUAAUUUCUCGAAAUUGGCCGCAUUGCUGUUAACCUCAAAAAUGUGUAUCCCCAAAAUCAGCUCACGAUGGCUCCGACUAAAAAUAAGCCGCCCAAAUCCGGGCUAAACCCCGGAUUUUUCACAAUGGAAAAUUUAAAAAAAUUCAUCUACGACCCCCAUUACUUGAAACCGACGUGUUUCCUCCUCUUCCUGUUCGAAAUCAUUCUGAACAUUUUCAUUAUUGAAAGAGUGAACUACACGGAAAUUGACUGGAAAGCGUACAUGCAAGAGGUUGAGGGGUUUAUGAACGGGACUUGGGACUACAAGGAGUUGAAAGGUGACACGGGCCCCCUUGUUUACCCGGCCGGUUUCGUCUACGUGUACUCACUUUUAUACGCCGUUACGUCACAAGGGCGCAACAUUUAUUUGGCCCAAUACAUUUUCCUCGUGUUAUAUUUGGGGCAAACGCUCCUAACGUACCGAAUUUUCCUAAAAACGGCCAAAAUCCCCCCUUAUGCACUCGUUUUGACCACUUUGACCUCAUACCGGAUUCACUCGAUUUACGUUUUGCGCCUUUUCAACGACCCAAUUGCUGUGCUCCUCUUUUACAUCAGUCUGAAUCUAUUUAUUUCAAACCGGUGGCUUAUAGGCAGUUUUUUCUACUCCCUAGCCGUCUCAAUCAAAAUGAACAUCCUACUGUACGCCCCUUGUCUCCUAAUUGCGUAUUUAACCAACCUUACAUUAAUGGAAACAAUUUUAAAUUUAUCAAUUUGCGCUUUGGUACAAGUAAUACUGGGGGCCCCCUUUUUAUACACCAACCCUUUUUCGUACAUUAAGGGCAGUUUCGAUCUAGGCCGCGUGUUCGAGCACACGUGGACCGUCAAUUACCGUUUCCUACCGCGCGAAAUUUUCGAAAAUCGUUUGCUACAUUUGGGGCUUUUAUCGUGUCAUGUUUUACUCCUCCUGGCCUUUGCCCCCCUUUUGAAACGCUAUCUGAGCAGUUACGCGAAAUUAAAAAUAGUAACAGAUCAAGUUAGGACGCAACUUAUUGACGAAAAACUCAAAAGGCAAAAAGAGGACGAACAAAUGAGUCAGGAACAACGGGCGUUUUUGGCAAGUUUUGAGAAACAAAUCAAAGGUGGGAAAACAAGGGAAGAUAAUGAAUCAAAGUUGGAGGAUAAGUUGAGUAAAGUUACCCAACUGUUCGUUUUACCGUUUUUUGUUACGAAUUUGAUUGGGAUUGUUUUUGCACGGUCGCUACAUUAUCAGUUUUAUUGUUGGUAUUUUCAUAGUUUGUUGUAUUUGGUUUUUUGUACGGGGUUUAGGCGCCCUGUUAUGUUUCUAUUGUUGGGGGUUUUGGAGUAUUGUUGGAAUGUUUAUCCCAGUACGGACCUGUCAAGUGCCUCGUUACAUUUAUGCCAUUUUGUUCUGUUAUUUGGUGUUUAUAGGACCAUGAGACAAUAAAUUUUUCGUUAAACAAA